AUGUCUGAGAUUGACCCACUUGCCGAAUUUCUGAUGCCGGAAAGUAGCGAGCGUAACAUCCGUAAUGAUCCAUUGAUAAGUGGUGGACCAAUUCCAAUGGAAUCGCCAAGCCGAAAGCUCACAUCUCUUCUUUCUUACGACCCAACUAUCCCCGAAUCUCCGGAUAUGAAAUUCGCUCGUAAACGACUUGGGAAUCUGCUGACCACAAUAAAACACCAUCCAUCUGAAAUAAUAGGUGUUCUUCCAGAAGAUUAUUCUCGUGGGGACGAAGAAGCUAGUCGCCAAGGACGCCCUCCAGGUCGCCCACGCAAGAUGAUGCGUCACGAAUCCGCAACAUCUUUGAUGGAUUCGCCUCGCAAGACAAUGACUCGUGAUUCGAAGAUAAUGUUCGAGCUGCGCGGAAAACCAUUCGAGAUGGUUGCUGGAAGAUACGAGGAAGAGUAUUCACUGGGAAGAGCAUGGGUCAAAGGAAAUAUGAACAGCGAGUACGAUCCGAUCAAUCCGACACGAACAGAUUUCGCUCCUAAUUUGGCUGUGGAGUAUCUCGCUUGUCGAGAGAUUCAUCGAAUGCCACGUCCAGACAGAACUGUACCUGAACAGCCUAUAUGUCCAACAGAACUUGACCAAUUCAAUGACAGUGUCGACCCAAGAUACUUGUCAGAGCUGAAGACUGAAUACAUUCGUCAUUGGAAACAAGUCAAGAAAGGAUGGUGUGCUCACCAGCGACUUCGUGAAGCACCCUAUGCUAAGAGUAUCGCACUCAUCGAGAAAAUCUAUCAGCCACCGGAGAUGAGAACUCUGGAUCACUCUCUCGGCAUUAUGUAA